AUGGGCAAGCGGAAGUCGGCGAGGUCCAAGGCGGCGCCGCGGAAGAAGGUGGAGAAGCUGGAGACGGCCUUCUGCAGCCACGCCGCCGCCGUCGAGUGCACCAUCGAGCUCGACAUCAAGAUCGCCACCGCGUCGUGCUACGUCUGCCUGGAGAGCUACUCCACCGUGCCGGACGCCCUCACCGAGCCCAUCGACGUCUACAGCGAGUGGAUCGACGAGUGCGAGCGCGUCAACGAGGGCGUACGACGUCGCGCCAGGAUGAUGCGUGGUCGCCAUCCUGCGCUUUGUAAGCUUUUCCGCUGUACUUGCGCGGCCAAUGUGCGGCGGCGGUUCAGAUAGCUACGUACGAAAAUCCAUGGGUGCAACAAUUAAUUAAUGAUGAUCGAUCCAUGACUUUGGUUGCACAGCUGAAAUUUCGUGGCAAAUGUAUGGUUCGUACAUGCAGGAGGCAGCGACCAGUACUAAGAAAUGUCCGAGAAAGGGUUUUCCCCCGCUUUGUAUUACAAAGCAACCACCACGAUACAGCGAACGAUAAGUGCUGGGGCGGAAACAGCACGGUCACGCCCAAAAGAAAAGGAAGAGAAAACAAAAAAAGAAACAAAUGCCAAGAGCGGCGGAUCAACGAAAAAACAAAGAAGCCCCGCGACCACUGCGCCCACCGGAGAACUCCCACCAAGCUCCACGACUCCGGAAUGCCGGCACCAAGCAACACCUCCAAGAAGGGAUGCGACGACGAUGACGUUGCUGCGAAGGGUUUCCCCUGGUACGCGGCGAGGGGAUAGGAAGGGUCGCCCCGACGCCCUCCAGGAAGUGUAACAUCCCCAGAUCUUAACCCUGUCAUUAAGCUAAUUAAGUUGCCCUGUCAUCAUGAUCACUAAGCUAAUCUGCCACUUGUCCAAAAUCAAAGUCAGUUUCCAAUUCAAAUUUCAUGUCAACUAAAUAUUUCUUCAAAUUGCAGAACUAAAAUGUUCAUAAUAUUUAGAAUAAUCCAGAAGCAAGUGUCAAAAUAUAAUUAAUAUUAAUUGAAUUACUUAAAUGACUCAAACAUCCUGAAACCACCUCAAAACAGUAAUAAAAAGUGCCAAGUCUUUUAUUAAAAUUUCUUAUGGAACUACAAGUUGCCCAAACCACUUUCUAGUGUUAGCUAAUAUUGCAUGUUAAUAUUUGAACCCAGUCCCACAUUUUAAAAAUGUCUUUUAGUAGCUUAAAUAAAUGCAAACAGUGGCUAAAAGAAAUAACAGAAAAGAAAAACAAAAAGUAA